UUAGAGGAAGCAGUCGAUACUUUUCCUGAAACUCACAUCAUUUGUUUUGGACUGGAUUAGCUUGGCUGGGUUUGUCAGAUCAACCUGUAAGGAAAUCUCAAAAGUUACUUUUGUUGUGGGAUCUGCAAGAAUAUCCUGAUUUUGGACGACAAGAGUCUUGAGAGUUGUUGGUUAUGCUGCGUCAGUAGUCUACCUGAAAGCGUUGGAUACACAACCUGUGCCUGGGUUGCUGAAACGUUAAGAUGGACAAACCACCGAAGGAGCAGCCAGCAGAACACAAGAUGAGCGACUCUGGGAAGACCUCUGGACAGCAGCCAGUCACAGCCUGUCUAUUGAGCGCAGCCUUCUUCGGUGCCCUGGGGUCGUCUUUCAUUUACGGCUACAACCUCUCUGUGGUCAAUGCUCCGGCUUUGUACAUUAAAGCUUUCUACAACAAGACAUGGAUUGAGAGAUACGGGGAGCCUCUGCCAGUAGAAAUGGCUACCCUCCUCUGGUCCUUCACGGUGUCCAUAUUUGCUAUUGGAGGCCUUCUCGGGGCGUUGUCCGUCUCCAUAAUCAUCAAAGUGCUAGGAAGAAAGGGAAGCUUGCUGCUGAAUAACAGCUUUGCUCUAAUAGCUGCUCUGCUACUGACCCUGGGGGAAAGGGCCAAAUCUUUUGAGAUGCUCAUCGUUGGUCGGUUCAUAAUAGGGAUUGACUCUGGUAUAGCUCUCAGCGUCCUCCCCAUGUACCUGUUAGAAAUCACACCAAGACAUAUCCGAGGUUCCAUUGGCCAGUUCAACUCCAUCCUUAUCUGCUUGGGAGUGUUCACGGGACAAGUAAUGGGUCUGCCUGAGCUGCUGGGUCAGGAAACCAGAUGGUGCUACCUGUUUUCCUUCCUGGUGUUGCCGGCAAUGCUGCAGCUGUGUGUGCUGCCCUUCCUCCCUGAGAGUCCUCGCUACCUGCUGAUAGAGAGGAGGGAUGAGGCCGGAGCAGAAAGAGCCUUCCAGAGAUUUUUGGGGAAGAAAGAUGUGUCACAGGAGCUGGAAGAGGUCCAUGCGGAGGCUCGGGCUCAGGUCAACCUACAAAAAGCCUCUGUGUUACAGCUGCUGAGGAGCCCAGCCGUUCGCUGGCAGCUCAUCACCAUCAUCAUCAGCAUGGCCUGCUAUCAGCUCUGUGGCCUCAAUGCUAUCUGGUACUACACCAGUGGGAUCCUUCGGGAGGCAGGCUUUGCAGAGAACAUUAUCCCCUACAUUACACUGAGCACUGGGGCCAUAGAGACUCUGGCUGCCAUCAUCUCGGGCUUAGUGAUAGAACGAAUUGGGAGGAAGCCACUCAUCAUCUUUGGUUUCUCUGCCAUGGCCGUUUUCUUCAGCCUACUCACAGUGUUCCUCCAUUUCCAGGACAGUCUGUCAUGGAUGCCCUACCUCAGUUACAUCUGUAUUCUGGCUGUGAUUGCGUCCUUUUGCUCUGGGCCAGGUGGCAUCCCAUUUAUCUUGACUGGAGAACUGUUUGAACAGUCCUACCGACCUGCCGCCUUCAUGAUCGCUGGCACAGUAAACUGGCUGUCCAACUUUGCCGUCGGCCUCCUGUUCCCAUUCAUUCAAGAGAAGUUGCAGUCCUUUUCCUUCUUGGUGUUUGUGGGGAUCUGCGUCCUGGGAUCAAUCUACCUCUACGUUGUCCUCCCUGAGACAAAAAAUAGAACAUUUAUGGAGAUCAGUCAGAGCUUUGCCAAGAUCAACAAAAUCCCUGUCCCCUCCUCUGGCCUUGAAAUGGAGCUGGUUCUGUCCAGUAAGCCUAGAAUGAAUGGAAAAGUCCAGGAUGUUGCCAAGAUGGAGAGUUCCUUCUAAUUGAACAAACCCCACAAAUUGUGAAGAAGCAAGGUUGAAAUAUAAACUAAAAUAAUGUGUUGUUUGUACAUAUUUAUUUAAUGACUGCGGUCAAUGAAAUGAAAUCAAUGAUCAAUGCUUUUGUUUCAGUACAUUUUGGUAUUUUGUACAUGUUUUGUAUGACUAGAAUAUUUAGGAACAUUUGUUGACAUUUUUUUUAUCACUCUCAUCUUCUCUUUACAAGUUAAUAUACAGUGUAAAACUCUCAUAAAUGGCAGAAACCCUAGAUUGCUGGGAUCUAUCAACAGUUACAAAAGGGAUAGUAAUGUGACUGAAGGGGGCUUUCAUAAAUUGAUGUACGAACUAAAAUCUGCAUUAACACAUUUGUUUGGCCAUUCGUGGUUGAUGAAAACAUGCCAUAAACACAACACUGAAAUAUCAUCACCUCAUGGAGUAGGGUAGAGAUAUGGCCAAUGUGUUUGCUAAUUGUGGCUUAUUUACACAUCCAGCGAAAACAGAAACAUUUAGCAUUCAUUUGGAGUCUUGUUCGUGUUAACCUGACAAAUGUAAGUCCAAUAUUCACUCUCUUUGUAGCUCUGUUUUGCUCUCCACCAGCUCCAGAAGUUAAAACGCUCCAUAGAACUGAAGGAACUGCAAAGUUGGGUGAUGAUUCUCUGGGUCAGGAACGACACAAGUUUCACAAUACACAUAUUCAUUUGACCUAUUGUUAACAUAAAAAUAUAAACAGGGACACCUUUCCAAAUAAAUGGCGGCAUGCAACAUGACCAAAAGAAAUGUCUUAACUGUCAACUGCAAUGACCUAAAUAAAUAUUCCUCUUACCCUUACCCAUCACUGCCUGCUAUUAUCAAUCCAGAUUUAAUGUAUUCAUAUUUCCUCACCACAAACUUUGGGCUUUGAACUGAAUAUACUUGUGUGAAUCAGACAAGCUGAAGCAGCAUGCAACAUCAUCUUGUUCAGAUUUCAUCUCUGUUGUCGUCUCAAAGCAGCUUCAUAAUGAGAGGGGGGCAGACAUGUGUCUGAUGGGAGACAUGUUUUGCAGGAUUAAAACCCUAAUGCUGAUGUCUUGGUUAACGUCUCAAUAAAGACAACAAGAGAUAGAAAACCCAUAGAGCGCAGUAAAGCUGAAGAGGACAAUUCUUUGGAGCCUCUCCAAAUUUGCAAGGAGCCAAGGCUGCUUCCCACCAGAUGGCUGAAGCCAGCGGAGGAGGUGAUCUGAACAGAGGCAGACAAGCGUGGCAUUGGAUAGCAGUUACAGUUUGCUCCACAGUAGGGUGUACUCCACAUUUUAAAGUCUAACACUGGUUGAGCUUAUUCCUCACCCUCUCAUAUAGACACAGAUACACAGUUAUGUGUGUCAUACAAUGACAAAGGGGUGUCCAUUUAUCUGUAUGGCAUUGUUAAAGAGAGGUGGGGAAAUCUUAGUUAAAUUCCUGAUCAUAUCCGGUGAGCUAGUGCCACAGAUACAUUUGUUCAACUGGGAAGCAGGCAUGGAAGUGAGGAGAAUAAUGAUGUGUUUAAUAAAGUGUUGUCUCUGAUAGCUUUGUUCCAGCAUGUUUCUCUUGAAGUGUCACACUCUCAGCAGCGUUAGUUCGUGGAUAAUUGACGGAAAGAUUUGCUGGUUGGAAAGUAAUUAUGAGACCCGAAAGCGGCAAAGACAUCAAUACUUAAGGUUUAAUUAGAUGCACUGUACAGAGUAAUGCUGUGUGAUAAAUUACUGUUUGUCCAACCUUUUAGAUAUCCUCUCAGGAAAUAUUGUUAAAUCAACUUUCCAUUAUGCAAAGUAAGGAGUUGGCCCAGAGGGAGGCGCUGUGUAAACGUCAUGUAAAUGUUUCAGAAAUGUAGUUUUGAAUAAAAAACGUUUUUAUUAUUA